AUGAGAAGACACAUCGUCUUCAAUAUGCAUUCGACGUUGCGUCUGAUGCAGCACUCGCUGCGAUUGACACUAUUCACCCACGAUCGUUGCUCACUGUGCGACAGCGUGAAGGGGGUGAUGAGCAAGGUGUGGGACCGCAGGCAUUUCGAGUACAAAGAGGUCGAUAUCUUGGCUCCCGAGAACAAGCAGUGGAUGUCUCUGUAUGAGCUCGAGAUUCCGGUGGUCCACGUUGAUCGAACUGCUAUGCUCGCCUCGAGCAACGGCGAAACGACUGCUGCUGCUCGCAAGCUGAAGCAUCGCUUUGCUGCAGGCGAGCUUGAGAAGGUCAUGGAUGAAGUUGAGAGGUCCUGA